UUUCAUAGAACUGGGCCUAGUUUAUCAUACCAUAUCAUAUCGUGUACUUAAGCUCGUCUUAUAUUCCUAACACUGUUCCUCGUCUUUAUCGCAAAUUCCCGACCACCGUCUGGUUCCGAAUUCGUCUUCAGAGCAGAAUUAAGAGAUUUCACAAACAUGUCGACCUCGUUGCCUACAUCAAACAAACGCCUCAAAGCCGAAGUGAAAAUUGAAGAAGAAGACGACAAUGACAAUAACAAUAACCAAGAUGUUUGCUGCGGAAUUUGCUACAUCGAACGCGGAAUUUCAGUCCCUGCACAAAUUGAUUGCUGCAGCCAUUAUUUUUGCUUCGUUUGCAUCAUGGAAUGGGCCAAACAUGAAUCUCGAUGCCCACUAUGUCGCCAGAGAUUCUCAAACGUUCGUAGACUCCCUAUGCAUGAUGUCUUUUCUUCCUCUCGGGAUGUUAAGAUUCCUAUUCGCGAUCAGGUUUACCAUCCUCAUGGAAAUAUGACUAGUGGUCCUGUUGAUUCUAAUGCUGAACGCAAGUGUUGUAUUUGCGAUGGUGCGAAAGAUGAAAACCUUAUACUAAUAUGUGAUCUUUGUGAUACUGUUUCACAUACGUUUUGUGUUGGAUUGGGCUACACCGUUCCUGAAGGUGAUUGGUUUUGUCAUGAUUGUGCUGUUUCCUUGGAGACUAAUGCUAGUUAUAUGCUGGACCAACAAAAUGUUGAGCUAAAAGCGGCGCCUGAUGUAACCAUCUUAAAUAUUUUGAGAGGAACAGGCAGCCAAGUGGUUAGAAGACCAAUGGCAUCUCCUGCACGACAAAACAAUUCUUUGUCUUCUGAUAUUCCUUUACUUGAUAGGGUGAGCAGAUCCGAAGGUAAGAAACCUGUGUCGGAAGUCCAGCGUGCCCUGCGUAAUGUUCAACUGCUUCGUGAAAAUUGGAAUUCUUUAAGAAGUGGUAAAUUAAGGUUCCAUAGCAAAACAUUUCAAUCUGGCGGUACAAGUAGUCAAACAGAAAAUUCUAGUUCUUUAUCAUGUGGCAAAUUAGAUGAUUCACAUUCAAUGGCUUCCGCAAGCCGUCAACAAUCCAUGGUCCAAGGUGCUCAAUCCAGCAACAUGUUGAGUAAUGGUGGCUUGAAAGAUGAUGUUGACAAAGCUUGGAAAAUGAUGCGUAAGGCAAAGACGAUGCAACAGACUCCUAAAAGAACAAGCAGAAUUCAACAGGAAGUAGAUGAUGGUCCCUCAUGCAGUGGUGCUAGAGAAAAAUCAUUUUCACCUCGUAGCUGCCCAGAAUCGAAAAAACAACCCAGAACAUUAGACUUUAUGUACGCCAAAAUGCAGGAGAAGUGUGACCACUCUUGUCUCAAAAAAAAAUUGGAAAACCAUCGGUCUCCGAUGUUGGGAGAGAAAAGGCAAAGUAGGGUCUUGUGUGAGGAGAAGAUACAACAUUUGAGAAACCAUAAUACUCGUUUAGAAGGAUACAGGGAACUUCCAUUGCCCAGUAAGGUCCAUACUAGUACACACAGAGCUCCCUGUCACAAUGAAAGAAAUGCCGCGAAGGAACAAAGGCAGUCUGCUUACUUGGUAACUUCAGUAGGUUUGGCACCCUCAAGUAGAAAAUCUGGCAGCGUGUUCGCCUCUAAUAAAGAUGUGGAUAUUUUCAAUAAAGAAAAGAGCUUGGCUAAAAGCUUCGGGAAUGGAAUCACAAAAAAUACCGAAGAUGCAAAAACAGAGAUCCAGUCUCUUGUUAAACUAAAUUUGAAUUGCCUAGCUAUCAACAAACAAUUAGGUGUCGAAACCUUCAAGGUAGUUGCAAGGCAAGCCACCCAUACCAUCUUGGCUGCUUGCCAUUCCGAGCAGCAAAAGUCUAAUAUAUACUCCUCGAACUCAGUAUGCAGCCAUACUGACCAUAUUCAGUUUCAGAAGUCUAAUUUAAUGCCCAAUUGUUGCCGGCAAUGCUUUCAUGUCUUCGUGAACGAUGUUGUCAAGUCAAUGUUGGAAAAAGUGGGCUGUUCUUGAUCUACAUUUUUUUCACAUUCUGUUUUUCCAUUUCAGUGAUUAUUGUUUUCAAGCAACUAUGUAAAUAAAUUCAGGUUGCCCCUUAGCUUAGGGCCUCAGGCAACCGCACUGUAAUUUAAUGAUGGAGGUAGGCGUGGCAAUUCAAUCAGUUUACUUUUCGACCGGAAUGGUAGAGGAAUUGAAAAAAUGUACUGAAAAUGUCUUAAUAUUUAAAAGUAGAUAAGUUUGUAGUAUCUAA